AUGAGAAGACUUCAUGAGCAUGAUCGUCGUCUACAGUGUGAAGUGUCACGAAUGUUAUCAGCUCAUGAAUGUCAACAAGCUGUACUGGAGCGUCGUAUUGAAGCCGUAGCAGCAGCCGAAUGUCGACUCAAGGAAUUCCUGUUACGUCAGGAAAACGUGAAGCAGGAACGCAGUAAAGUUCCAUCAGAAGUCAAUAAUCCUGAAGGUGAGGUAGCAUCGUUGUGUUGUAACGACCAGUCGUAA